AAGCAAGGAAUUGGAGGUAUCAUCAGUCAAAUGUUUAUCUAUGGAGAUCAUCUAAAUAAGAAACAACCACUAUAUUAUAAGACAGAAUCCGACCAAAUUACCAUCAUGGGUCCCUGGCACGUGCCAAAACCGACCAACAACCUCCACGUGUGAACCUCGGGUACCCCAGGUGAAUCUUGUCCUUGUUUUUAUAUUUGUUACUGCAAUUUCCAAUUCUAUGUUUUUUACCCAAGUAAAAUUUACAUAUCUUAAUAAUUAACAGCGUUCUUUUCUAUAUAGUCUUUACUCUUUUACCAGUCCAACAAAGUUCAUGUUCCCAAAAUGCAAUAACAUAUAUUUUUUUUUUUAAUUUCCUCUUAUUAAUUUUUUUGGGAAAGAAUUCUUGCUAUAGAAAACAAUAACUAAACAAUUUUUUUCUUCACAAAUGCAAGACUUUAUUUACAGUUUCCUGAGUUUUAGUCUUCAACAAAUUCCCUGUUUGUUUGAGUUGGUAAGCAACUUUACUUCUACCCAUCAACUCUACUUUUUCUCUUCAACAAAGACAUGAUUUUUUUUCCUUUGUUUAGGAUUUUUUUGGUUAAACCAAACACUACUUUAACUUUUUAGGUCUGAGUUUAAUGUAAUGCAGAUCUGCCUGUUAUUACUUCUGUUUCUGUAAGUCUGUCAUUUUCAUGCAUAUUCUUCACAUACCCAUAUAGUAAUAGUUUGUAUUUUUUAACAAAGCAUAAGAUUAUUUUAACAAAGUUGAAGAAUUUUUUUCCAUGAACAUCCUGUUUUUGUGUCAUUUUUAUGUGGUUUAAUCAUCUAAAUUUCUGUCAUGUAUAAAAAACUGUAAGUAGUAUGAGAAAAAACUUUCAUUUUGGAAGAAAAAUGAGAGAAAGUUCAUUGUGUAUAAUAUAUACUACAUGGUGUUCUUGACUGAGUACUGUUUAAGAGUUAGCUUCACUGAAACACUUCACUUUUGGUAAAAUUUUGUCUGUUACUUUCUUCUUUACUACCUUUGAUUUGUCUGCCAAUUUUUUUUUAUUUUUUUUGGCUUUGGCUAGUAUCAAUUUGUUUUAAUUGUUAAAGAUCCAAACUUUGGCUUUCUUGAGUGCAUAAUUUCAGUUUGCUUGCUAAUUACUCUAAUAACUUUUCCAAAGAUACCAAGAUAUUGAGUUUUAUAAGACUAAAACCCUUUUUCAACUCAAUUCUUGCAUAAACAAAAGAACCCACAUUUUGUUUUGUGAAUUAUAAACACAUUUUUUGGUUAGACUGACCCCUAUUUUAACCCAAUUCUUCUAUAAACCAUAAAUACAAUAUUGGUUUUUUGAGCUGUAAACACAUAAUUUUAAGUAUACAAAAUGAAGCCACCACCGCCGCGCGAGGAAUUUGCUCUAAGGGAGACUUCCCCGGCCAUAGGUGUGGCAGGGAUAGCUGGAGAUAAGCUGAAUUCCACCUAUGACCUUGUUGAGCAAAUGCAGUAUCUUUAUGUUAGAGUAGUGAAAGCCAAGGAGUUGCCUGGGAAGGAUGUAACAGGCAGUUGUGACCCUUAUGUAGAAGUAAAGCUAGGUAACUAUAAAGGAACAACUAGACACUUUGAGAAGAACACGAAGCCUGAGUGGAACCAAGUGUUUGCAUUCUCAAAGGAGCGAAUUCAAGCUUCGAUUGUGGAGAUUUUUGUGAAGGAUAAGGAUGUUUUGAAAGAUGAUUUCAUUGGGAGGGUUAUAUUUGAUCUUACUGAGGUGCCAAAGAGGGUCCCACCCGAUAGUCCUCUUGCUCCUCAAUGGUAUAGGAUUGAGGAUCUUAAAGGGGGUAAGGCAAAAGGGGAGAUCAUGUUGGCGGUUUGGAUGGGGACACAAGGUGAUGAGGCGUUCUCUGAGGCUUGGCAUUCUGAUGCUGCUUCUGUUGGUGGUGAUGCUGUGGGGAAAAUCCGGUCCAAAGUUUACCUUUCGCCUAAACUUUGGUAUGUCAGGGUAAAUGUCAUUGAAGCUCAGGAUUUGGUGGUCAAUGACAAAACCCGAUUCCCAGAAGUCUAUGUUAAGGCAAUGCUUGGGAGUCAAGGUUUUAGGACUAAAAUCUGUCAAGCUAAAACCCUAAACCCUAUGUGGAAUGAGGACUUGAUGUUCGUAGCUGCUGAACCGUUUGAAGAGCCCUUGUUGUUGAGUGUAGAAGACAGGGUGGGACCCGGGAAGGAUGAAAUACUAGGAAGAUGUCUAAUUCCUCUGCAUAUGUUGCAAAGAAGGUUAGACCAUAAGCCAGUAAAUACCCGGUGGUACAAUCUUGAAAAACAUAUUACUGUUGAUGGGGAAAAGAAGGAAAUUAAGUUUUCUAGCAGGAUUCACUUAAGGAUCUGCUUGGAUGGCGGUUAUCAUGUAUUGGAUGAAUCUACCCAUUACAGCAGUGAUCUCAGGCCAACUGCCAAGCAAUUGUGGAAGCCGAGCAUUGGAAUUCUGGAGGUCGGGAUUCUUAGUGCUCAUGGACUUAUGCCAAUGAAGAACAAAGAUGGAAGAGGGACAACAGAUGCUUAUUGUGUGGCUAAGUAUGGCCAAAAAUGGGUUCGAACAAGAACCAUUAUUGAUAGCUUUCAUCCCAAAUGGAACGAGCAAUAUACGUGGGAGGUUUUCGAUCCUUGCACAGUUAUUACGAUUGGGGUGUUUGAUAACUGUCAUUUACACGGGAAUAAUGUGGUGAAAGAUUCGAGGAUUGGGAAGGUGAGAGUGCGACUCUCAACUCUUGAAGCUGAUAGAAUUUAUACACAUUCAUACCCACUUUUAGUCUUACACCCUUCAGGAGUCAAGAAGAUGGGUGAGGUUCAAUUAGCUGUCAGAUUUUCUUGCUCUUCAUGGAUCAACAUGCUGCAUAUGUAUUCUCAUCCACUCCUACCCAAAAUGCAUUACAUUCAUCCAUUAUCUGUCAUACAGCUGGAUAGCUUGAGACAUCAGGCCACCCAAAUUGUCUCGAUGAGACUCAGUAGAGCCGAACCUCCUUUGAGAAAAGAAGUUGUGGAGUAUAUGUUGGACGUGGAUUCUCAUAUGUGGAGCAUGAGAAGGAGCAAAGCAAACUUCUUCAGAAUUAUGAAUGUUCUAAGUGGGAUGAUUGCGGUUGGUAGAUGGUUUGAUCAAAUUUGUACAUGGAAAAACCCUAUAACUACUAUACUAAUCCACAUUCUCUUCAUAAUCCUUAUUGUUUAUCCUGAACUGAUUCUUCCCACCAUAUUUCUCUAUCUUUUCUUGAUUGGCAUUUGGAACUACCGAUGGAGGCCUAGGCACCCACCUCAUAUGGACACUCGGCUCUCACAUGCUGAUGGCGCACAUCCUGAUGAGCUUGAUGAGGAGUUUGAUACUUUUCCUACUUCUCGGGGAAACGACAUCAUUAGGAUGAGGUAUGAUCGAGUGAGGAGCAUAGCGGGAAGAAUUCAAACUGUUGUAGGAGACUUGGCUACUCAAGGGGAGAGAUUUCAGUCACUGCUCAGCUGGAGAGAUCCAAGAGCCACUGCAUUGUUUGUUACUUUCUGUUUGGUGGCUGCCAUUGUGUUGUACGUUACUCCUUUCAAAGUGUGCAUUCUCUUCUAUGGCAUUUACGUGCUCAGGCACCCUAGAUUUCGGAAGAGGCUCCCUUCGGUUCCGAUCAACUACUUCAGAAGGCUACCUGCAAGAACAGACAGCAUGCUGUGAGCCCAAUUUAGACUUCCAUGAUGUGGUUAAUGUUUAAUUUUAUUCUUAAUAUACACUCUAAAUUGUUCCAAGGUUUGCUAUUUGAUUGUAUUGAACCCAUUUAGACUUCUGUAAUAUGGUUAAUGUUUAAUAGUAUUCUUAAAAUACACUCUAAAUUUGCUCCAAGGUUUGCUAUUAGAUUGUAAUAUUACUGUGUUCAGCUAAGUAAUCUCAAAGUGCGUGCGUAUUAUUAACAUAUUAGCAUGUAAUGCGUUAUAUAACUAUCAAAUCAACCACUGAUUUUAUUA